GAUUAAAGCACCAAUACUAUAUAGCAUAGUUGAAAUAGUAGAAGUACUCUAAUUAUGUAUCCAAAGCGUUCAAUAAAAUAUUGUGAGCUUAUAUGAUGCACGGAAUAUAUGAUAUUCACACCUAAAUAAAACAAGAAAAGUAAUGUAUUCUGAAAAAUGAAAACCGCAGGGCGCUUGCCGGAGCAACGUUUAACUCUUAAGGAACUGAAACGUUACAAAAUAAUAUUUUAAGGAUGGGAACUUUGUAGAGGUAGAAGUAUAAGGGCGAAAUCCAACAUUUUGCGACUUCCAGUAUUUUCCCCAGCGCGCGCGCACUCCUUCCCGCGGGAGAUUUUGGCGCGAGUAUUCCUCAAUACGCUCCCUCCUUCGUUCUCGCUUUCUCGUUGCGUUUACUCUCCAGUUCCCCCGCUUCCAUGACGAGCUUUGGGUUCCGGCAACCCCAAUUCUCUGAGGAACUGGCAUAUCUGCCCAUUUGGCUUCAGAAACCCCAACUGGAACAAUCGCCGCCGCCGGGGAACUCCAUUGCGGAAGCCGAAGUCCCUUUUUCUUCGAAUCGAGAACUCAGAAGUUUGUGGCCUCCGAGAGGAAGCCGUACUUGCUUUGGGAAGGAUGUCAAUCGCUCCUCGAAAGAUGAAGGAAGGUACAAGGAUUGUUGUCUAUUCUUAUCUGGGGAAGCUAAUUCAGAAAGCACUGUGGCUCCGUCUCCAGGAAAUCUGUUACACCUUCGUUUACAUAUCUCUCUGGAUGGUGAUUCACCUAAUACCCAGUGCCAGCUUUCAUAUCCAUCAGACCUCCCUCGUGGUUCCAGUAUGUUCGAGUCGCAGCAUCAAGAUCAAACUCUGUGUAGCUGGGAUGAGAAAGCCUGCCAAAUGAAAGUGGACUACAAUGGUGGUGGAGUAACUCUCCUGCCUCCAGCUUCCACCCCAGGAGCUGUGAAGAGCGAUAGUUUACAGGUACCGAGCAUUAACCAGGGUAGCAAAAUGCAAAAUGAAGGAAAAUUGAAUGUUUUUCCAGCAAAUAUGGGCACUGAAGCCGGUUCAUUGCCACCUAAACGCAGUUCGGGCUGUGAAGAUGGUGACAUAAAUGGUGCUAUCGAACUCUCUAUUGCUGCAUCAGAAGCAUUAGUUAUACAUGAGUUGAUGAAGACUGAGUUGAGCUCAGAAGGCUUCUCAACAGGAUCAAUUCUCGAAGCUGCACUCAGAGUCAAGCAAGCUCGUUUGCUGGAGGAAGGCGUGGAAGAUGGGUGCUACAGUAAUGAUGAAGUUGUUGAUGUCGAUUCUCUUUCGGACCUGGAUGAUUCUGUUAUGGGGGAUGCAUUUUUGGAUGUGGGAUUAUCUUUGGAUGGCGCCCACGUUUCUGGUUCAGAUAUAUCUCAUGUCAAAGAGACUCCUAUGGAGGAAAAAUUGGAUGGCAGUACCAAUGGGUCUAAGGUUCCCAAGGACCAGCAGGAUCAGAAUAUUAAUGGAAAAGCUCCAGAUUCUGACUACUCUGGUAUGGCAUUCAGUGGUAAUCGUAGUUCCUAUCAGCAAGACGAUAUUCUCCACGACAUGGCUGAACCACAGGAAGGAAAUGCUAAUGGAGGUAAACAGCACACAAGGAAAGGUGUCGCCAAGUAUUUUAUUGAUGAGGCAAGCUUCCUCUCUGAAUCUGGGGACAUUGCUGUCAAUCAGAUUUCCGGUAUGCACAAAAAGGGAAAUGGGCCAAAUAUAGCCUCACAGUCGAGCAUAAACUUCAAUGGCUUGCAAGAUAAAGCCCACGAUGCUGUUUUACCUUCCGAGGAGGUUAGAUGUUCUUACGUAUCAGCUUCAGAUCCUCUAUGUUCCAUUGUUCCUUGCAGUAUUCCCAUGGAGGAGCAUUUUGUUUCCCCUGCAAAUCAAAUCCAAAAUGGUGCUGGAGUUGAACCUCAAAACAGCUUCGGCCACAAAUUCUUACCUGGGUUGGGUAACGAGUGCACUAUUGAUAAAGUUGAAGAACAAAAUCCGGAUUCCCCCCUCAAUGGGAAUGACAAUGUAGAUAUUGAACAUCAAGAGGACACGUGUGUUUCUGUGCAAAGGAGAUCACCUAUAGUUCUGAAUCGAAGGACCCGGCAUCGCUGGCAGGCUCGUGAAAGUUUUAUUGGGAGUAAUGUACCUGCAGUCAGAUGUCUAGAGCAGGAUCUUCCUGAAAACACUACAAUCAAGUUUGACAUUAGCAAUCAAACUAACAUGCCAUCUGGAGAAGUUGUUUCCUGUACUGAAAACAAUCCAGUUCGAACAAAGAGAGUUCACUUCUCAUUUGAAGUCCAGCAUGAGCAAACCAAGGAACUCAUUCAAAGGUCCAAAGCAUCAUCUGUCGAAGGGGGUCCAGAUUUGGGUAUUAGACAUAACAAAAGAUCAAAACUUUCCAAACCAAGUUGCAUGAAGAAAUGUCUUCUGGGCCACAAGCAAGACUUGAAGCGUCUGAUAUUUCACAGAUUGGAGUUUUUGAUUACCGGGUUUUCUUAUGCAAAGGAAAGAGAACUUGGAGGAAUGAUACAAAAAUCUGGCGGUAUAGUCCUAUCUGAGAUCCCCUCUCAUCGAAGUUCAAAAUUCAGAGGGAUUAAAAGACCUGACACCCAGCAGCUUACCUUAGUUAUCAGUUCAAGAAAGCUGCAAACUGCCAAGUUCUUGUACGGUUGUGCUGUGAACGCUCUCAUUUUAAAAGCCAGAUGGAUCACUGACUCAAUUGCAGCUGGUGCAAUUGCACCGCCAGAAAAGUAUGUCAUCCGUCCAAAUCAAGCAGACAUAAGGCCAGUCCGCCAGCUUCCAAUGAAUCAAAAUACCGGACCGCGUAUUUUUGACAGAGUCGGAAUCAUGCUUCAUGGAAAGCCCAGCUUCUGCCGGAAAUUAUCCUUGAUAGUCAAGCAUGGAGGUGGAGAGGUGUUCAAAUCCCUCCAAACGUUACUGUUGAUCCUCGAUACUGGAAAGCUAAGGCGGGGAGUUAUUGUUGCUGAAAAUCAGAGCAGGGCAUUGCGGCACUUGCAGCAUUGUGCCUCGGAGCAGAAAAUAGCCUUGAUGCCGGCUAGCUGGAUAGCCAAGAGCUUGCACUUAGGGAAGCUUCUGCCUGUUCAAGAGAAAGAGGAGGAUGCCCCACAGGAAAUCGGAUUACAAACUUCAGAGAAUUCCUUGGACUGGAGUCAGGAAUUCUGAGAUUGCUCCUUAAGACACAGACACAACACAACCUCAAUGUGCAGUUGUCUAUCAGGCUCUGAUUUUGGCGUGCGUGAUGGGAAGGGCUGUUGAUAUGCAAGCGGGGUCACAGAUGAGCCUGAUGCAGCAGAUGGAGAUAAGAAAGAAAAAAAAAAUUGAAGCUCCAUAUGCAGGCAAAGUCGAAGAUAUAGUUCCUCAGCAGAGAAAAGAAAAGCUGUUCUUGUUUUAAUUAUUUCAGGUGUAUGCUGCAAACUGUUUCCAGCAUAAUGUAUAUAACUGAUUUGAAUAAUUACUUCUGUAUUCUUUGUAGAGGGAGGAUUUCUAAAACCUGAAAUCUUCUUCAACAUGAGAUCACCAAACAUCAAAAAGCAAAUAGGUUCUUGAUUAACUAACAAACACAGUGCUAGGAAAUAAAGUUUUCUUUCUAUAAAAAUGGCAAAUGACGAAAUGUUCUGCUGCCUUGGGAGUUUGUAUCAUAAGCACUCAAAAUACUUACUCUAGCAUGUGAAUCAAUGCCCCAAUCGAAGAUGUUAUAUCAUCAGUUUAUUGACUGAAAUGAUAUUUGAAAGAAAAAAGGGAAGAAAGAGCCCAUGUUUUUGUUUUUGUAGGUGAAUGCACAUUGGUAGUUAAUGUGAUUAACACGUUAAAAAUGUUUUUGUAUGUAAACAUAGACAUGACAAAAGUUUGUAUUUGAAAAAGGAUGAAUCAUGUUUCAAAGACUAGAUAAAAAAAAAAAAAAAAGUGGGCACUUUGCUAGAUCAAUGUGGAUAUGUAACAACUAACAAAGUCUAUAUUUGGCCUGAUUUUUAGAAGUGCGUUUAGCUUUAAAAAGAUGAAGUAGGGCCAAACACCUCUAAAAACUCACCUUUUAAAAAACCAAAACAAUUUUUUGUAUAACAUAAAAGCAUAAGCUCUAAUUUGGAGCUUCUGCGAAAAACAGUAUUGAAAAUACAAGAUUAUCCAUAGUAUAUUUCAAUUUUAUUUCAGAAAAUAUAAUUUAUUUUAUUUAUAUCAUUUUAAAAAUAAAAUAAAUUGUAAAACCAUAUUAUUUAAUACGAAAGAAAUAUAACAAGAUUCA